AUAUAAUAUAUGUAAGAGUCUGCGAAGCGAUGAAGGAUCUCCUUAGGGCUGUCAUCAUUGAACCACAAGGCACUCCAUACCAUGAUGGUCUCUUUGUCUUUGAUGUCCUGUUCCCGCAAAAUUAUCCUGAUGUGCUAACAAUGGUUUACUACUAUUCUGGUGGUUUGAGACUAAAUCCCAACUUGUAUAAUUAUAGAAAAGUUUGUCUCGAGCUUCUUAACACUUGGAGUGGUAAAGGUAAUGAGAAGUGGUUGCCCAAGACAUCGACCAUGCUGCAAGUCUUGGUUUCGAUACAAGCUCUAAUUUUGAAUACAAACCCUUUCUUUUAUGAGCCUGGAUAUGAAACUUCAUAUGCCGGAUACGAGGGAGAGAGGAGAUCUCACGCUUGUCAUGAAGAUGCUUUUGUUCUAUCUUUGAAAACAAUGACAUAUACAUUGAGGAGGCCACAAAAGGUUAUGAUCGUGUAUCCUGGUUCCAACUUCUACUUCAUUCAAAUAUUCUGUCAAAAGUAA